AUGGCCAUCACCACCAACACUCAACUUAUCCUCUCAUUACUUCAACCUGGCCACCAUUCUUUCUCUCUCUUCCCAACUCCAACUGCUUUCUCAUUCUCUCUCCACUGCCAUCGUUCCUUUUCUCAUUCUCUCAAAUUCUCCUUCAGGUCCCCAACCUCACCUAUCCGCACAUUCAAUGCCGACGACGAAGAUGACGAGGACGAGGACGAAGAAGAAGAGGACGACGACGAGGACGUUGCUGCUGAUGAAUACGACGACGUUGUAUCCGGUGAGGUUUCCGACGAAGGCGAAACGUUUGAAGCCGAUGAAUUGAUUCGUCGUGAUGACGGAUUCAAGUGGCAGAGAGUUGAGAAGCUUUGUAAUGAAGUGAGAGAGUUUGGUGUUGGAAUUAUUGACGUUGAUGAACUUGCUUCCGUUUAUAAUUUUCGAAUCGAUAAGUUUCAGCGGCAAGCUAUUCAAGCUUUUCUGAGAGGUUCUUCGGUGGUGGUUUCUGCUCCGACGAGUAGCGGGAAGACUUUGAUUGCGGAGGCUGCGGCUGUUGCUACAGUGGCUAGAGGACGGCGAUUAUUCUAUACGACUCCUCUUAAAGCGUUGUCGAAUCAGAAGUUUCGCGAAUUCCGGGAAACUUUUGGCGACAACUAUGUUGGCCUUCUUACAGGUGAUUCUGCCGUCAACAAGGAGGCUCAGGUUUUGAUUAUGACUACAGAGAUAUUACGCAACAUGCUGUAUCAAAGUGUUGGUAAUGCUUCUUCUGGAAGUGGACUUGUCAAUGUUGAUGUGAUUGUUUUGGACGAAGUUCAUUACCUUAGUGACAUAUAUCGCGGUACAGUUUGGGAAGAAAUUGUUAUUUAUUGCCCAAAAGAAGUUCAGCUUAUUUGUCUCUCAGCAACAGUUGCAAAUCCAGAUGAGUUGGCUGGUUGGAUUGGUCAGAUUCAUGGUGGAACAGAAUUGGUAACAUCGUUGAAACGCCCAGUUCCUCUAACUUGGCAUUUCUCUUUGAAGAAUUCCUUAUUACCACUUCUUGAUGAGAAAGAAACACAGAUGAACAGGAAACUAUCACUCAAUUAUUUACAACUUCAAGCUGCAGGAGCUGAAUCUUACAAGGAUGACUGGCCUAGAAAAAGGAAUUCCCAGAAACGUGGAACUCGCACAAGCUAUGAAAAUGAUGAUAGCGUGUUGGAACAUCGCCCUCUUUCAAAGAAUGACAUAAAUGCGAUUCGUCGAUCACAAGUUCCUCAAAUAAUCGAUACUUUAUUGCACCUUCAGUCUAGGGAUAUGCUUCCAGCUGUUUGGUUUAUUUUUAGCAGAAAAGGUUGUGAUGCAGCUGUGCAACAUGUUGAAGAGUUCAAACUUUUAGAUGAGUGUGAAGCAAGUGAGGUUCAACUAGCUUUAAAGAGGUUCCGCAUUCAGUAUCCUGAUGCUGUCAGAGAUACAGCUGUGAAAGGACUUUUGCAAGGGGUUGCUGCGCAUCAUGCUGGAUGUCUACCUCUGUGGAAAGAUUUCAUAGAAGAAUUGUUUCAAAAAGGACUUGUCAAGGUUGUUUUUGCUACAGAAACCCUGGCUGCCGGAAUCAAUAUGCCUGCUAGAACAGCUGUUAUUGCAUCUCUCAGCAAAAGAAGUGAUAAUGGGCGCACCCUAUUGACCUCAAAUGAACUGCUUCAGAUGGCUGGGCGUGCUGGACGUAGAGGCAUUGAUGAAAGGGGUCAUGUAGUCCUAGUCCAAAAUCUUUAUGAAGGUGCCGAAGAGUGCUGCAAGGUACUUUUUUCUGGACUUGAGCCUCUGGUGUCGCAGUUUACUGCUUCAUAUGGAAUGGUUUUGAAUCUUCUUGGUGGUGGGAAAGCCAUUCGUAGGUCAAACACAUUAGAGACAAAACUUUCCUCAGGGAAAACUUUGGAUGAAGCUAGGAAGUUAAUUGAGCAAAGUUUUGGAAAUUAUGUUAGUAGCAGUGUUAUGCUGGGUGCUAAAGAGGAAAUUAAUAAGAUUGAAAAAGAAAUUGAGUUGCUAAUGUCAGAAAUCACUGAUGAGGCCAUAGAUAGAAAAAGCAGGAAGGCUUUAUCAAAGCGACAAUACAAGGAGAUUGCAGAAUUACAAGGAAAUUUAAGAGCAGAGAAACGUGUUCGGACUGAAUUGCGAAAACAGAAAGAAGCAGCAGGAUUAUCUGCCUUGAAACUUUUGUUGGAAGAGUCUGAAAAUGGACAUUUACCAUUUUUGUGCUUGCAGUAUAGAGAUUCUGAAGGAGUUCAACAUUCAAUUCCUGCUGUACUUUUGGGGAAGGUUAACUCCCUCGGUGCUUCAAAACUAAAAAACAUGAUACGUUCUGUGGAUACUUUUGCAUUAAAUUCAGCUGAUGCAGAUUCUGAAUUGAAAGAAGAUCCCGUACCAUCAUAUCACGUAGCUCUUGGCUCAGAUAACUCUUGGUAUCUAUUUACAGAUAGAUGGAUUAAAACAGUUUAUGAGACAGGACUUCCUGAUGUUCCAUUAGUUGAAGGAGAUACCCGACCUCGAGAAAUUAUGAGCGAUCUCCUUGAUAAGCAGGACAUGAAGUGGGAUAACCUUGCCAACUCUGAACACGGUGGUUUAUGGUUCACAGAAGGAUCUCUGGAAACAUGGUCUUGGAGUUUAAAUGUUCCUGUUUUGAGUAGCUUCUCUGAAAAUGAUGAGCUGCUACUGAAGUCUCAAGCAUACAGAGACGCAGCUGAACAAUACAGAGAGCAAAGACAUAAAGUUGCACGCUUGAAAAAAAAGAUGUCUCGUACCGAAGGCCAUAAAGAAUAUAAUAAAAUCCUAGACGCGGCCAAGUUUAUCGAGGAGAAAAUCAAGCGAAUGAAGACUAGAUCCAAACGUUUGACUAAUCGUAUAGAACAAAUUGAACCCUCAGGUUGGAAGGUGUUUAUGCAGGUUAGCAAUGUCAUACGUGAGACCAGAGCUUUAGAUAUUAACACAAAUGUCAUAUUUCCACUGGGAGAAACUGCUUCAGCGAUCCGUGGAGAAAAUGAGCUCUGGCUUGCAAUGGUUCUUCGCAGUAAAAUUUUACUAGAACUAAAACCUGCACAACUUGCUGGACUGUGUGCAGGUUUGGUGUCCGAGGGUAUAAAAGUUAGACCUUCGAAGAACAACAAUUACAUUUAUGAGCCUUCUGCAACUGUUGUCAAUGUCAUAGAGUUAUUGGAUGAGCAAAGGAGUGCCUUAUUGGCAAUUCAGGAGAAGCAUGGGCUGACAAUAUCUUGCUGUUUGGAUAGCCAAUUUUGUGGUAUGGUUGAAGCUUGGGCUUCUGGGUUGACAUGGAGAGAAAUAAUGAUGGAUUGUGCAAUGGAUGAUGGUGAUCUAGCUCGGCUCCUUCGACGGACCAUUGAUUUGUUAGUUCAGAUUCCUAAAUUGCCAGAUAUUGAUCCAUUGUUGCAGCGGAAUGCAAGGGCUGCUUCUGAUAUAAUGGACCGGCCUCCAAUAAGUGAACUUGCUCGGUAG